AUGUCCUCUGAGGACGGCGACUCCGCUUGCGAGCGGCGACCAACGGUUCCACAGGCGGCGACUCAGGGACGAACGGCGGCGGUCGUCGAUCAGUCGAGGGCUGCUGUUGGCAGCCGGCACUUUCGGGCGCCUGUAUGUCUGACUUGUGGUGACAAAGGGAAUGCUGCACUUCUUAUAUACUGCAGGAGGUGCCAAGAUUCUGCUGUUCAUCACUAUUGCUUGAACAACGUUUCUCCCAGUGAUGAUGAUAUACGCUGGUUGUGUUGGGACUGUGCUCCAAAAGAUUGCAUUAAUGAGCCGUCAAGGAAAAGCGAACGAAUUAGUUCUAAAGGGCCAAAGGUUCGAAAAACCAAAAAACAGAGGUUGGAGGAAGACGAAAGGCUGGUUCAUCUUAGAGAUGUAGCCAAUGAAACUGACAAACCAGCCACUGACCACCUUCCUCCUGUCAAGGAUAUGGAAUACCUAAGAGAGGUAGAUUUUUUGGAAGAGAAAAAAUUAAUAUUUGAAAGCCCAAGCUGUUUCAAAGGGCAGACUGAUAUCAAUGAACCCUCAUUGUCCACAAGAAGUACCUAUCCAAUUCAGGAGGAAGACAUCACCAAUUUACUUGACGAGCCUGGAAAAAUUCAACAAGUUAAAAAAAAGAGAAGAAUCUUGAUUCUUAAUGACAGUGAAAGCUCCAAAGAUGACGCCAAAAACAUUGCCUUUGAAGCACCUUCCUCAGCGACUAAUGAUCAAGUUGUAUCAUCACAAGUAUUAAGUGGCCAGCCAUUUUUAAUACCUGAGGAUAGCAUCUCAGCAGAACCCAUUCUUGACCCCAAAUGGAGGGGAUGGUUCAACUUCAAAGAAGAUGGAGAAGAAGACGAGAGCUGUGUUGAAAUCUUAGCUCAUGCAUCUGACAGAGCCUGCUCAAAAGUCUUUGAUGCCACAAGUGCAAUGCCGUACACGCUCGACACCCAAAUCCUCGAAAAAUCUGCCGUGUGGCCCAAAAAUUUCAGGGUCACACCUCCCACAGCCGCCAGCAUUGCUCUGUUUUUCUUUCCUGCAAACGAGAGGGAUGAAAGAAUGUAUGAUAGUCUGCUGGACGACGUCAUUCAGAAGGAACUUGCUCUGAAGUCUACAAUUGGCAAUGUGGAGCUCUUGAUCUUUUCAUCUUAUGAAUUGCCUUUACCACACAGGAGGUUCAAUGGUAAGUAUUUCUUCUGGGGCGUGUUCAAGAACAAGAAGAAGCAUGGCUCUAAUUCGUCCUCGGGGGCUGCAUACUCCACUGAUCAGCAAAUGGGAAGUCUGAUGGAGAAUCCUGGAUGUGCUGGGCCCAUGGAUGGUGCAAACGGGGCGAAGAAACCUGCCGAUGUGUUGAAUUAUACGAACCUGCAAAAUUUGAGUCCUUUGAGCAUGGAUAGUAGCCAGGCAUCUAAUUUACUUCCAUCUAAGCAAAACACUCCGGAUCUUCUACAUGUAUCUGCAGCAAUAGUAUAA